UUUAUAGCUGUUUUAAGAAUAUCAUUGAGGUCUUUGUGAUGUCCGCGGCUGAUAUAGAGUCGCAGGAUUCCAUAGACGCGGAAUCGAGCGAAUAUGAUGAGGAUGAAGAUAAUGAUGACGACUAUUAUUACACGAAUAUUUAUGACGAUGAAGGGAUGGCGUCCGACAAAGAGGAAGACCCUGAAAGUUUCGAAUAUGUGAUCAUUGAUUCGAAUGAAGCUAAGCAAAUGUUCGAUUCCUUUGUAGCUAACGUUUCCCGGCAAAUAAAGGUGGGAUCCUUAACGAUACCUUUAAAGUGCAAUAAUAUUGUUCGGUAAUGUCAUCAUAUCUUCGUGAUCUUUAUUUAUUUCCUAUUUCACUAAGUUCUAAUUUAUUUCCAAGGUGUCGGAAUCUGUUGCUAGGAUUCUUCUUAUUCAGCAUGACUGGAACACAGAGAAGAUUUUAGAAAGGUUUAUCUUAUUUAUUUUAAAUUCAAUCUCAUUGUCCCCUAGAUAGGAGACCCGUUAGCUCUUAUUAAUUACAUUAUUUUAGGUUAUUUGAAUUCAUAGUAAUUGAUCAAUAAUUAAGUUACAAGACAUCAGUAAACAAAGAAUUCAUUGAGCUUACAUAGUUCGACAUAAGCUUACACACCUUAUCUCGGCUGUUAUUUAUCACAACCUAUGAGAUGGAAAGGAAAUUGGAAAAAAUACAUGUCGAUCUAGGCCAAUUCCUAAAUAUUGACUCAUUAGUCAGUCAAUUUCAAGUGUCCCCACCUGGUGGAAGACGGGGAGUGGGGGGAUGCUUGGGUCAGUUUUUGCUGGGUAUGUGCCGCUGGUUUCUCAUAACCACCACCCCUUUAUAGUCUAUUCUGUGGCAAAUUAUAGACUCCACAUUAGUCACUUUUGGACAAAUGUAAUUUCCGCGAUCCCAACAUAGUCAUUUUCUGUUGAUGCAUCUACCUUGUAAAGCCUUUUAACUAGGUCAUCCUGAAAUUAAUCUUCCUUUCUUUAAAUCCCUAAUUAUCAGAAUAUUCUUAUCCCCAAAAUCCCAAAUGUGUGUGACCCCAUUCAUGUAACUGUGUUGAAUUCAACCUUGUUGUAGUCAGUCCAGUUGUGAAAAUGCAACCCCAUCCAGUGGCACAUCCCAAAUAGACUGUUACUACAAAGUACCCCACCCACCUCCCUCAUCAUUCCAGGGUAGCAAGAGGUGAUAUUUAUGUAAGAGCUGCCUCAGUUUAUCCAAUAAUUAUAGCAGAAAGGAUUGUUAAUUUUGGUAAAUUUACCAAUCUUUACACUCCCCUGCGUAUAUGCACGUAUUUCAUUGUGUGAGAACUGGAAACAAUGUACAUAGGUGUACAUGAGCAUGCAAGCAGUCACAAUCAAGAGUUUUGCUUGUGAAGCGAAAAACUGAUAACACUCUUUCUUGUGUCUGUUACCUUAACAGCAAAGAGAAGAGAAUUUGCAACAAAAAAAGAUAGAGAGGGCAGUGGUAGAUUAAAAAUAUAAUAAAUAUUGUAUUUUGUAGGCACAGGAUUGAUCCUGUAGGUCUACUUGUAGAAGGAAGAAUUAUUCCUGAAAAACCUGCCCCUCAAACUGUAAGUAUUUCGAGAACCAUUCACUGAAUUUUUACAUGACAAGUCAUGUGGUAUAAUACAGUCAAACCUUGUAAAUAUGGACAGCGAGGAGGUCACAGAAAGUGUCCGUAUUAACAAGGUGUCCGUAUUUUGUUUUUGUUUCAUCAUGAGACGAGAACAAAAGCUUUUAAUUAAUUCCUUUUUUAUGCAAAAGAGAAUGGCAGGAUAAGGAUGUUGUAGGUGGAGAAGUCAGUUUGAUAAGUUAACCUCCAGAACUGCACGAGGCUAUUGGGAUAGUGUGGAUGAUGUCAGUUGUUCAAAGUUUCAAGAUAAUAUUUUGACUCAGACCAGUUUUGAAAUGACCCAAUUUAAAAUGCCAUGUGGGACAUAUGACACACUUUGACCAAUUUCUAGAUUAAACACUGACUUUGAUAUAUCAAGGCUCCACUGUAAUUUGCUGGUUGAUUGGAUUCAACCCCCCUCCCCCACCACUUUAAAAUCUCGGAUCAACAGCAACGACAGCGAGCUUUAUUUGCAUGACCAUACAAGUACAUACAGUACUGCAAAAGCUACACUGUAUUUUAAAAAAAGAAACUAAAAUUAUAUCAUAGGAGAAUUAAGUUAAUUUGAUGAUAAUUUUUCAUAAAGAUCAAAGCAAGCUGAUCCUUCCCAGCCUUGUACUGUGGGUACAUCACUUACUACUUUCAUUUCACUCUGCAGACUUCAAGGUCACUUUACUGUCCGGUAUGUUUCCAACGUUGCACAAAGUCCAACACAAGCAGUGCAGCCUGUGGCCAUGUGUUCUGUGAUGAUUGCUGGUUGCUGUAUUGUAUUUCACAGUUAAAAAUUGGCUUAUCCUCUGGUAUGCAGUGAAAAAAAAUUUUCUGUCUAGAUACAAGUGUAAAUUUUGUAACUUUUUAGCACUUUCAAAAAUCACCAUAUUAUCAAAGGGAUGUUCCUGCAAGGAGGCCUUCAUUUAUGUAAUGGGCCGACCUCAGCAGCAAAGCUGUAAAGCCCAAAGGGCCCUGUGAAGCUAUUAGGGCACCCCCAAAAUCACAAGUGGGACUCUUGGGAAGCAUUUUCUCGAGUUUAACUUAGCCUAAAGUUCACUCAGCCACAUUUAAAAAUUAAAAUGAAAACAAUGCAUACUACUACACUGAAAGAAUUGCCAGAAAUUAGCAACCAAAUUAGGGUGGCCCCAGCACUGUAUAUUAUUCAGGUUUAAAUUUGUAAAGAUUAUUGUUAAAAUGACCAGUAAUUUUCCUUGACCAUUGAUAAUUAGUUUGUCAUAAACAAGGAUGUACCAUAGGAUGGAACAUUGAUCACUGAGGUUGCGCUGUGCAAUUUUUUUCAGGUAUUGAGUGUAUGAACUGCAAUCUUUUAAUUGGAGAAGAAAUGGCUCUGAAAGUACUCAAAAAUGAUGCAGCUGAAGAAAAAUAUAGGAAUUUUCUUUUUAAUGAUGAAGUUAAGGUGAGUAUUCAAAUUUUGUAUCAUCAAGUUGAAUGAUAACGAUGGUUUUAAAAAUUCACGUGUUAGCCUUCUUGAAGAGAUCCAGUGGUGGUAUCGUGAUCACUAGACCAUUCUUAUUUCUCUUUAUAAUAAACUUAAAAGAAAUUACUUAGGAUAGGAGACAAGCAGAAACGUUUUGCUCUUUUCAAUGCAUUCACCACUGGAAAUUUGACAAAAAAAAAAAUAUCGCCGUUUUAAGCUGUUUGAGUCAUGGCUUGAUCACCGCAUGGCCAAGAAGAACCAAAACUCUAAUAAUGUUGUUUUGCAGUCAAGCACUGUGCUAGCUUUUGUUAAGCUACAUGUAAAGGAAUGCAACAACUCCCAACAUUGUUUGGCCAACAAUGUUGGGAGUGCUGUACAAACAGAUGCAACAACUCCCAACAAUGUUGGUACCUGCAGUGCAUUGUGGGAAGGUCACAACCCAUAAGACUUUGGAGACCAUGUGUUAAGAUUUUAGAAAGGUUUAUCUUAUUUAUUUUAAAUUCAAUCUCAUUGUCCCCUAGAUAGGAGACCCGUUAGCUCUUAUUAAUUACAUUAUUUUAGGUUAUUUGAAUUCAUAGUAAUUGAUCAAUAAUUAAGUUACAAGACAUCAGUAAACAAAGAAUUCAUUGAGCUUACAUAGUUCGACAUAAGCUUACACACCUUAUCUCGGCUGUUAUUUAUCACAACCUAUGAGAUGGAAAGGAAAUUGGAAAAAAUACAUGUCGAUCUAGGCCAAUUCCUAAAUAUUGACUCAUUAGUCAGUCAAUUUCAAGUGUCCCCACCUGGUGGAAGACGGGGAGUGGGGGGAUGCUUGGGUCAGUUUUUGCUGGGUAUGUGCCGCUGGUUUCUCAUAACCACCACCCCUUUAUAGUCUAUUCUGUGGCAAAUUAUAGACUCCACAUUAGUCACUUUUGGACAAAUGUAAUUUCCGCGAUCCCAACAUAGUCAUUUUCUGUUGAUGCAUCUACCUUGUAAAGCCUUUUAACUAGGUCAUCCUGAAAUUAAUCUUCCUUUCUUUAAAUCCCUAAUUAUCAGAAUAUUCUUAUCCCCAAAAUCCCAAAUGUGUGUGACCCCAUUCAUGUAACUGUGUUGAAUUCAACCUUGUUGUAGUCAGUCCAGUUGUGAAAAUGCAACCCCAUCCAGUGGCACAUCCCAAAUAGACUGUUACUACAAAGUACCCCACCCACCUCCCUCAUCAUUCCAGGGUAGCAAGAGGUGAUAUUUAUGUAAGAGCUGCCUCAGUUUAUCCAAUAAUUAUAGCAGAAAGGAUUGUUAAUUUUGGUAAAUUUACCAAUCUUUACACUCCCCUGCGUAUAUGCACGUAUUUCAUUGUGUGAGAACUGGAAACAAUGUACAUAGGUGUACAUGAGCAUGCAAGCAGUCACAAUCAAGAGUUUUGCUUGUGAAGCGAAAAACUGAUAACACUCUUUCUUGUGUCUGUUACCUUAACAGCAAAGAGAAGAGAAUUUGCAACAAAAAAAGAUAGAGAGGGCAGUGGUAGAUUAAAAAUAUAAUAAAUAUUGUAUUUUGUAGGCACAGGAUUGAUCCUGUAGGUCUACUUGUAGAAGGAAGAAUUAUUCCUGAAAAACCUGCCCCUCAAACUGUAAGUAUUUCGAGAACCAUUCACUGAAUUUUUACAUGACAAGUCAUGUGGUAUAAUACAGUCAAACCUUGUAAAUAUGGACAGCGAGGAGGUCACAGAAAGUGUCCGUAUUAACAAGGUGUCCGUAUUUUGUUUUUGUUUCAUCAUGAGACGAGAACAAAAGCUUUUAAUUAAUUCCUUUUUUAUGCAAAAGAGAAUGGCAGGAUAAGGAUGUUGUAGGUGGAGAAGUCAGUUUGAUAAGUUAACCUCCAGAACUGCACGAGGCUAUUGGGAUAGUGUGGAUGAUGUCAGUUGUUCAAAGUUUCAAGAUAAUAUUUUGACUCAGACCAGUUUUGAAAUGACCCAAUUUAAAAUGCCAUGUGGGACAUAUGACACACUUUGACCAAUUUCUAGAUUAAACACUGACUUUGAUAUAUCAAGGCUCCACUGUAAUUUGCUGGUUGAUUGGAUUCAACCCCCCUCCCCCACCACUUUAAAAUCUCGGAUCAACAGCAACGACAACGAGCUUUAUUUGCAUGACCAUACAAGUACAUACAGUACUGCAAAAGCUACACUGUAUUUUAAAAAAGAAACUAAAAUUAUAUCAUAGGAGAAUUAAGUUACUUUGACGAUAAUUUGUCAUGAAGAUCAAAGCAAGCUGAUCCUUCCCAGCCUUGUACUGUGGGUACAUCACUUAUUGUCUUCAUCUCACUCUGCAGACUUCAAGGUCACUUUACUGUCCGGUAUGUUUCCAACGUUGCACAAAGUCCAACACAAGCAGUGCAGCCUGUGGCCAUGUGUUCUGUGAUGAUUGCUGGUUGCUGUAUUGUAUUUCACAGUUAAAAAUUGGCUUAUCCUCUGGUAUGCAGUGAAAAAAAAUUUUCUGUCUAGAUACAAGUGUAAAUUUUGUAACUUUUUAGCACUUUCAAAAAUCACCAUACUAUCAAAGGGAUGUUCCCACAGGGAGGCCUUCAUUUAUGUAAUGGGCUGACCUCAGCAGCAAAGCUGUAAAGCCCAAAGGGCCCUGUGAAGCUAUUAGGGCGCCCCCAAAAUCACAAGUGGGACUCUUGGGCAGCAUUUUCUUGAGUUUAACUUAGCCUAAAGUUCACUCAGCCACAUUUAAAAAAUUAAAAUGAAAACAAUGCAUGCUACUACACUGAAAGAAUUGCCAGAAAUUAAUAACCAAAUUAGGGUGGUUCCAGCAUUGUAUAUCGUUCAGGUUUAAAUUUGUAAAGAUUAUUGUUAAAGUGACCAGUAAUAAUUUUCCUUGACCAUUGAUAAUUAGUUUGUCAUAAACAAGGAUGUACCAUAGGAUGGAACAUUGUUCACUGAGGUUGUGCUGUACAUUUUUUUUUAAGGUAUUGAGUGUAUGAACUGCAAUCUUUUAAUUGGAGAAGAAAUGGCUCUGAAAGUACUCAAAAAUGACGCAGCUGAAGAAAAAUAUAGGCAUUUUCUUUUUAAUGAUGAAGUUAAGGUGAGUAUCCAAAUUUUGUAUCAUCAAGUUGAAUGGUAACAUAAAAAUCCAGGUGUUAGCCUUCUUGAAGAGAUCCAGUGGUGAUAUUGUGAUCACUAGACCAUUCUGACUUAUUUCUCAUUAUAAUGUUAUAAAUUCUUUAAUGUUUAUUGUUUUACUUAAACUUAAAAAAACUUACUUAGGGUAGGAGACAAGCACCAAGAAAAACAUUUUGCUCUGUUCAACGCAUUCAACUCUGGAAAUUUGGCAAAAAAAACGUCAUUUUAAGGUGUUUGAGUCAUGUCUUGAUCACUACAUGGCCAAGAAGAACCGAAACUCUAAUAAUGUUGUUUUGUAGUCAAGCACUGUGCUAGCUUUUGUCAAGCUACAUGCAAAGGAACGCAGCAACUCCCAACAUUGUUUGGCCAACAAUGUUGGGAGUGCUGUACAAACAGAUGCAACAACUCCCAACAAUGUUGGUACCUGCAGUGCAUUGUGGGAAGGUCACAACCCAUAAGACUUUGGAGACCAUGUGUAGUGUGCGUGCGUGUCCCUAACAAUGUUGGAAGAGCUGUGCAAAUGAAUCCAACAUUGUUGCACCACACCUCGGCAUUCACAGAACAAAAGAAAUGUUGGGAGUUGUCAGUGUAAAAGUUUGACCUGUUUCAAACUUUGCGCAACAACAUGCAACAGGGUGUGCAAUCGGACGCAAUGUAUAACAUCCAACAAUGUUGGGUGUUGUUGUCCAACACUAUUGCGUCCGUCUGCACUGAGUACAGGGCUUAACUGAUGCUAACCUGAUGACAUCACAGAGGUACAAGGGAUAGGGGUCCACACCAGCUGUUAUGGAGCACUGAGGCUUGACUAGGUUAAUGAAUUAAGUUAUGUAUUUAUUUUUUAUUCUUUUUUUUUUGUCAGCAUCAUCCUUUAAUUAGAUGGUGCCCAGGAAGUGACUGCGGUUAUCUCGUUAAAGUAGUGGAACCCAAAGCAAAACGAAUAUGGUGUUCACAUUGUUAUUCAAUAUUCUGGUGAGUCUUGUUCUAUGCCUCAUUUAUGCUUAGAAAUAACCUCGCAGUGUCAUUGGGCUCCUAACAAGUGUUACGGAGACACAGAUUUCCUUUCCGUCAAAAUCUUUGUGUUCGCUAACGUCUUCACAAUCCAUUGUUGAGAAAGAGGCUUCAUGUUCCACAUUUCCAAUAAAAUAGUUGACCCUUUACUUCUAGAGAACUUUACAGCAAGAUUUAGCCUGCGAGCAGUCUCACUUUUGUGCUCUUAUUUUUCUAACCGGCUCCACCACCAAAAUUGUCCCCGAAAUGACACAAGUGAGCACACACUGCUGACCUCGACCGCUACUGUCCUCUGUGAUGAGUCUAAAGAGUGACCUUGCAGACUAACGCCAUUGCUGGAGUUCCAACUUUGCUUUGAUUAUUCCUGUCAUGAAUCUUGCUCCACUUGCAUAUUUAUAUAAUUUUAUCCGAUGUACGCUAUGUUUUUGCAGUUUCUUGUGCGGAGAGAAAUACCACGCUCCUACAGACUGUUAUACCAUUAAGAAAUGGCUUACAAAAUGUGAAGACGACUCAGAGACGGCAAAUUAUAUCACAGCUAACACAAAGGAUGUAAGUGCUGGCCAUCGAUUCAACUGUUUCUUCUUACUAUUUAUUAAUUAUUUCAAAAUUUUAUAAGUAAAGAAUAUCCACUCCCCGCAGUUUACAAUAGCUGGUCGAGACGAACAUCUCACCAGCAGGACUAGAGAAAAGGAAAUAAAAUUAAGUUUACAGUCAUGUAUAUUGCAAAGUAAAAAAUGCAAAUAUAAGAAGGCGAGUGUUCGAGAAAUUUUCGUUGUUAAGUCCGGUAAAUCAAUAUAAUCAUUCUCAUCUGAAAGUUUUUGGAGUAAAGUGUCGAGGAUAUUGAUUUUGAAGUUAUUUUUUGACAUGCGACGCAUUUGACAAGAUAAACUAUUCGAUAUUUUUAAGCCAACCUUGAAAAAGACUUACCGGUACUUUAAUUGUCUAAUCCUGAACGUUUAACAUAGUAAUUACCUCUUGUAAAUGAUCUUGCACUAUAUGGAUGAAUGUUAGAUUGGGAAUUAAAUAAAUUAUAAUCGUGUUAGUAGGUGUUUGCGUUAGGCUGCGAGAAAUUUCUUCUUUUCUCAGUUUUUUAAAAGGAAAGAAAAGUCCGCCAGCGAGACGAAACAAGUUCGCUGUGAGCGUCGCUGCUGCAAGCUGCGAAGGUCCCAAAAUCGGUCUUUUCCUUCCUCUCCCCAUUCCCUCCUCGUUUUGUACGGCUAGUUUUCCGCGAUCAUCCGCGAUCACUGAUCUGAUGAAAAAAUAACGUUUGCGCUCGCACAUUCUGGUGACGCCCUGCUAAAAGUCUGUUAUAGUGUUCCCCGAAAAUCAUUUUUGUAAAUGGCUGUUGUUUUUAAAUGCAGUGUCCAAACUGUGGAAGCUGUAUCGAGAAGAAUGGUGGAUGUAAUCAUAUGGUAUGUACGAUUAUUUAAUAAUCCUUAUCUCUAAAAGAUUCUAUUCAUUGGGAACGCAAACAAAUACAGCGGAACUCCGUUAAUACGGUCACCAAUGGGCCAAAAGCCGUAAUAACCAGGUGACCGUAUUAACGAGGUUUUCUUUACAAGAAAAAAAAAAGUGGCCAUAAUAACGAGGUGACCGUAUUACUGAGGUGGCCGUAAGUCGGGGUUCCACUUUAAAGUCAUCUGUGUGUUGUUGACUUUUACAUGGGUAUUAUUCUUUUUUAAUUAUCAUUUUCAAUUUUCGCAUUUCUCUCACUGAUUUUUUUGUUUCGUUUUAAUUUUUCAGCAAUGUAUAAAGUGCAAACACGGUAUGUUGAACAUUUUAAGUUUAAAAUGCAUUGCCGAGUAGUCAAGACUUAAAUUGCUUUAAAUCUUGUGGUGUAACAAAAAUAUCAAGAAAACUUCUUCUUGGGAAAUAAUGUUUCAGAUUUUUGCUGGAUGUGUUGUGGAGACUGGAGAAGUCAUGGAUCAGAGUAUUACGAAUGUAGUCGAUAUAAAUCCAAUCCAAAUAUUGUUAACGAGUCUGCUGGAAUUCAAGCAAGAGAGGCGCUCAAGAAAUAUCUCUUCUAUUUUGAAAGGGUAUGUGGUGGCAAGUGUUUCUAGUUUUACCACAGUGCCUUCCCUUUCAAAGAAAAAAGGGAAUAAGGCCCGGUUCAGAAGCCGAACUUUUCAUGAGCCGAACCUAAUUCGAAUUAAGGCCGACCCAAAUUGUUUAGACUGUCUGAAUUGAUUCAGACGCCGAUCUUAAUUCCAGCCGAACUAAAUUCAAAGGGAGAAAAAUGCUCAUUUCGGUCAAACUGCUUACAAAAUACGUUAUAAUAAUUUAUGCAUUAGGUUCGGUACAUGAAAAGUUCGGCGUCUGAGUCAAAGCCGUUCCAAAGUCGCUCCAGAGGCGAAAUUUCCGGCCAGGACAGGAAAAAGGAACGGCUGAGCCGUUCCAAAUUGAAACAGGCGUUCCUAAUUGAUUCACACGCCGAACUUUUCGUAUACUUAAGUCAAUGUAUUAGGUUCGGCUCAUGAAAAGUUCGCGUCUGAACCGGGCCCAAGUGUCCCGUUGACAUGCUUGCGUGUCCGGCCACAUCUUGGAAGUGAGGCUUAGCGUGAUACUGAAAGAUUUUAUGGCGCUGUUGACGCCGGGAUUUGUGUUUUUUAAUUUAUUCUCCCAAUUUGUUGAUGUUUUAUUCUCUCAAGACAGGACUCAAAAUAACAGCUGGUCAACGGACAAUUUCGGGCAAGAAUGGCCUCUCGACUGGCCAAAAAUUUCACUCGCCGGACAUGUUGACCGGUCACGCACACUCUCAUUCUUGAAUAAACAGCCAAAUCCUCACCUGGAAUUCAGAUUUUGACUCCUUCUAAAAAUACAAUCACUUUAACUUUAACUUUAUCGCCUUUUGUACUGAAGCCUUUUAGUGUGAAGACAGAGUGUACGUCAGCUUAAAGAUUUACAGUUUUAGAAAAAAACCUUAGAGACUAGUUAUUUUAAUAUUAGUUAAAAUUUAGACGUUAUAACUAAAUCGCCCAUUAUUUUAUCUGUGUAGUUUGCGUCACCUUGUAAGUUGUAAAGGGAUUCAUUGCCAUUUUUCGUAGAACCGUUUCUCAAGUUGUGAUUUGCUAUUGUAUUUAUUGUUUUUGCUAGUGGCAAAACCAUGCUGAUAGCCUCAAACGAGAACAAGAGACAAAACGGAAAAUAAAUCAGAAGAUACAAGAAAAAGUCAACAAUAAUAUCGGCACAUGGAUAGACUGGCAAUAUCUCAUGGAUGCUGCUCAGUUACUCGCUAAGGUAAGCAGGCCGUUACAUGUACUUAUGAUAUAUCGACUUUUGUUGACACCUAAACUGAUGAUGGUAGGAUCAGGACGAAAGAGUUAAGAUAACAACGAUUAUGUUGGUUGUGUUGAUGGUUUUGUUGACCAUAAUGAUAUGGAAGGUAAUGAAGACGAUAUCAAUGAUGAUAAUGAGGCCGGUGAUGCACGUGGUGAUAGUAUGAUGGCGAUGAUGAUGAUGAUGAUGAUGGUUGUUAUUAUUAUUAUUAUUAUUAGUAUUAUUAUUAUUAUUAUUAUUAUUAUUAUUAUUAUAAUUAUUAACUUUUUAUCAGUUUGAAUUAUUUUUAGAUAGUUUUAUUUUUUAUUAACUUUUUGAUGCUUUUUAUAAUUGUUAUUAGUAGUUUUUAGAUAGUCAUUUUACGACAAUUCUCUUUCGUACACAAGAAGAAUGUACAUAGGGUAUAUAUUUUAAUAUUCAUAUUCUUGAAUCUGUAAAUAGUCUAUUUUUUUGAAUCUAUGAAUAAAGUUAUUUAAUUAUCAUUAUUAUUAUUAUUAUUAUUAUUAUUAUUAUUUUGAAAAAAUUAUUAUUAUUAUUAUUAUUAUUAUUAUUAUUAUUAUUAUUAUUAUUAUUAUGCUGAUGAUGAUGAUGAUGAUGAUCAGAACGAUGUCGACGACGAUGAUCAGAAUUCUGAUGGUUAGAGCAGUGGUAAAGAUGAUGUUUAGUAUCGAGUUGACCCACUUUCUUCCAUUCAUGUUUCAGUGUCGUUACACGAUGAUGUACACUUAUCCCUAUGCUUACUUCAUGGAGGAUGAGAGAAAAAGACUUGUAAGUUUACUUCCGGAGAAUUCACCAUACAAUUUCGAUGAAUUACAUUGUAUUCACACUUGGCUCCGAGGCUUGGAGGAAUAAAACAAACUUAAUCAACUUGAAGCUCAGAGAUGAGUUGUUUUAUUCUUCUAAGACUCAGAGCCCAGGAAUGAAUUUUAAGUUAUCAAAACUGGUUUAUAUAUUUGCCACUCUUUUAGACCUAGUCUUACUUCUAGAUAAGCUUUUUUCAUUAAUUACGAUAUUUUCCAUGUACAUUUAAACCACCUCUGUCAUUAAUGCAUCCGUCCGUCUAUGUGGGGACAAUUCUCUCCUUUGUUCGGUCAAUUUGAGUCGGUUUAAAGGUUUGACUGUAUUUUUUCUUAACAGUUUGAGUAUCAACAAGCACAGCUUGAGUUGGAAAUAGAAAAUUUGUCUUGGAAAUUAGAACGAGAUGAGCUUUAUUGUAGAGGGGUAAGUGAGUAUUGAUAGCAGAUCUAAAGAGGCAACAUGAAUAUGCGUCUUCAUGAUUUAAACACAGAGAUUUCUUCGGUUGCCGUUCAGAAAAGAAAGAGGAAACUUCUGUUCUGUAGUGUUAGUAUGGAGCUCAAGCAUCAACGGCGGCGAAGGCUACGAAAACGUCGCUUAAAAAGUGAAUUCGCACUGCUUCAAACUUUAUCGCGCUUCUUCCAUCUCGUUCAGUUCGUCAAAUAUUGGUAGCCUGCGAGCAAGCUCUCCUAUUUUGGCGAGUGAAACAAGUCUCGCGAGAACGCGCGAGCGGGCGGCGAAGCCGCGAGGGUCCUCGGCCCCUCGCUCGCGCGUUCUUCCCGAGACUCGCUUCGCUUGCCCAAAUAGGAGAGCGUGCUCGCAGGCUAAAUGUUGGCAAUGUUUUUCUCGAGUUAAAUUCUAAAAGACUGUAUCGAAGUUCAGAAAAAGGAAAAGAAAAUCGUUGUCCUGUGUUCAAGUCCUCCAUACAACGUGAAAUUAGGAAGCUUCACGUCGUAGUCGUGCAGUAACGCCAAAGAAAUGUACAAAAAAGUGUAAUGCACGUGCAGAGUUCAGUGUUGUUUUAAAGCUAGUGCUUUUUUUGCCGUUCUCGUUGUCGUCGUCGUUGCUUAAGGUCCCUAUUCGGUUUCUGGGGAUGGCUCAAGAAGAUGUGAGCAGGAAGAAUAUAGUCAACUCUUUCUAAGUCGGACACCUUUGGGGCAGGUACUAAGUGUCCGUCUAAGAGAGAUACCCGUCUUAUAGAGAGUCAAAUAAAGGGAGUAAAGAAAGGCAAGGACUAACUCUAGGUGUCCGUUUUACAGAGGUGUCCGUCUUAUAGAGGUAUCGUUAAGAGAGAGUUAGCCUGCGUAGCAACCGUUUCCUUUUUUUUGCUUGCGCUCUAACUUUCGCGCACUAACUCGAUUGGAAACGCUUUCUACGCAGGCUAAGAGAGAGUCGACUAUAGUCUCUCUUCCUCGUAAUUUUUUUCCCGCUGUCUGCCUUCGCGCUACACUCUACUAUCCGAACACCUGAAACAGGCAAUAGUGUUGUUAUAUUGGAUGUCAGUAGGUCAAAACAGCCAUGUGUUACGCUAUUUUAGCAACGGUGACUGGAAUGAUUACCUUACGUUUUGCUACCAAGUCGUUUCGCUACUUAUUGAAGUUGUUUUGCUACGAAAUCGUUUCGCUGCAUAUUGAAGUCGUUUCGCUGCAAAGUCGUUAAGGUACAAUUUUGAAAACGCACAGAAAACUUUGUUCUUAGCAGUGUGUUUUGUUAUAAACAUAAAAGCUUGUUUUGGUCAAGAAUUGAAUUAGACUUGGUGGCCCUUGGAGAUGACCACUAAAUAUGGUGCGCUGUUGCGUUUCGAAAAAAAAAAUCUCGUAAAAGCAGCCCAAUAUGUGUUCGAAAAAUGUCCUGAUAAAAGUUCAUCAUCUUGGUUUUAAUAUUUUUCAUUGGUAUUAUUAUCUUUCAGGACUUUGAAAAUCAAAUGGAUAUAGCAGAGAAGAGAAGACAGACGUUACUGAAAGACUUUCUUGUGGUUUAGU